AUGAGCCCAAGCCUCUCGAGAGUCUAGUACCACUCGAUGUAAUAAUAAACCCAUUAUUAGUCUUUCAGUCGGUUUUCCCCCUCUCUGUUUCUCUGAGCCACAACUAUCAAAUAGGCUAGGCUUAUAGGAUGUUUGGAGGAACAUUAAGACAAAGAAUUUUGAUGAUAGUUCUGGGUCAUGGAAGAAGAUGAUUCAGCAAAAACGGUCCCUGAUUCGGAUAAUAAGCAACUCACAUAUACAAAUUAGUAUUACCUUCUUCUUCUUUUUUUCUUUUUUCUUUUUUUCAAUUUUCUUUUUGGGGUUUAUCUUGGAGCUAGACAAAGGAGAUGCCUUUUCUAUGUCAUUUUCUAGCUGGAAUUUCCUAAACAUUGCUGCAACUCAAAAAACCCACAAACCCAACAAAUAAAAAUAAAAAUAAUAACAAUCACCAACCAAAAUUUUCUCUUUGAACAACAAACCCAUCAAAGAUUUUCUUCUUCUUCUUCUUCUUCUUUUUUUUUUAAGCCAAAAGGUCCAAACUUUGAAACUAUGCUUCCAGUUCUUUAUGCCCAUCGUCGUCUUCUCGACAAAGAGCUCGCAGUUCCGUCGCCAAAUGGGAACAGAACCAGAGAUUCAUAUAUCGGAGAGACAAAUUUCGACACCAAUAUGGUCAUCAUUUUGGCUGCUCUGCUAUGCGCUCUGAUUUGUGCGUUGGGACUUAAUUCCAUAGUCCGUUGCGCUUUGCGUUGUAGCCGAAGAUUUGCUACGGAAACUCCGGAACAAGCCGCGGCUCGGCUAGCAGCUACGGGGCUUAAGAAGAGCCAUUUGCGACAGAUUCCGGUGGCGGUUUAUGGGUCCUCCGGUGUGAACAUUCCGGCGAUGGAAUGUCCGAUCUGUUUGGGUGAGUUCGAAGAUGGAGACAAAGUUCGAGUACUUCCGAAAUGCAAUCAUGGAUUCCAUGUGAGCUGUAUUGACACGUGGCUUUUGUCUCAUUCCUCUUGUCCGAAUUGUCGGCAUUCACUGCUCCAACAACAACAACAACAUCCGUCGGUUACCAGUUCCAAUUUACGACAAGGGGUUGCCGGAGAACAGUCAUCGGGAACGGGGUCCAGCCGGCAAGGUAGUAGUGUAGUUGUAGCAAUCAGGGAAGAAAGUUGAUGAUAAAAGAUCAAGAUGUUUAAGAGGUUUUAGCGUAGUAGUUCUAGUUUGGUAGUAAUUUUAUAUAGCAAAGUGCAUAAUAUUGAAGGAGAUUUUUGAGGAAACCCAAAAAAAAAAAAAAAAAAAAAAAAUGUUGUAGUUACCAUGCUCAGAUUUUAAUCUUCUAGAAGAGUUGGAAAUGUUUUUAGAACCAGUAGAAGUUCAGCUAAAUUGCAAAUUUUCACUACCGCCCAUAAAAAUUUAUGUUCCAAUUUUUAUUUUUUAUUUUUAAUUUGGAUAUGGAACUGUGGCGAUUUAUCUUAAACCUGAAAAGUAUAUAGGUUGGCUUUUUUAUAGAACUUUCAUGAUGAGGUCCUUCUGUUAUUAUUAUUAUUAUCAUGAUUAUUUGCUUUUUCAUAAAAUUGUUUGAGAGUUGGUAGGGUGAUUUUGUGGA